CUGUGUUGAAUAAUCACAGACUAUCAGGCAGGAGGCUUGCAGCAGCAGGUCCAUUGCCUGUGACAUCACUCUUGGAGCUCAGACCCAGCUCAGAGUUGCUUUCAUUAGACAGUCCGUCGGUCUGUCUGCAUUCCCUACAUCUGCAUCUCUGUACAGGAGCAGCCUGCCUCGAGGAAGGGUUUUUUUUUUGCGAUACCAAGGGACAGUGGGAGGAAAAAUACACAAGCACAAUCCAGGGACGCUGCAAUAUGAAAUUCAUCAGUGCCGGGUACUUGCUGUGCCUUUUGCCAGCGCUUUCUUUCAGCAGCACCAGACAGGGUAAAGAAGAUUUGGAAAAGCAGCUAAAAGAAGUUUUCCUGGAAAGAAGUAGCAUUCUUCGACAACUGUCAAAAACAUCACGAGAACUAGAAGGGAUCAAAGGAAACCUCCAGUAUUUGAAAAAGAAUGAGGCUUCUGCCAAAAGUGAUGUACAGAAACUACUGGAAUUAAAAGAAAAACAAAGGGAAGAGAUGAAAUCUCUCCAGGAAGCAUUUACAAAACAACUUAAUGAGGCAACAGAAAAAGCUGAGAAACAGCAGGCCACAAUUAACUUCUUAAAAACGGAAAUGGAGAGGAAGAGUAAAAUUAUCCGAGAUCUCCAAAACGAGAAUAAAAGCUUGAAAAACAAACUGUUAUCAGGGAACAAGCUUUGUGGUCUUCGCGCAGAGGAGUCUAAAAGGAUACAAGCUCAGCUGAAAGAAUUACGAUAUGGGAAGAAGGAUUUAGUUUCUAAGGCACAACAACUCACUGAUCUGGAGCAAAAAUUAACCAUAGCAAAAGAAGAUAUGGAAAAAGCUUCCCUUGAUAAUGAGUCACAGCUGAAGGCAUUAAAAGAGACAGUUUCACUCUGCCUGUCAUCUGUCCUGCACAAUCCACCUCCUGCCAUGAGCAUGGUCCCUUCAAAGCCAAGGGAGCGGCCAGCGUCUUCAGCAACAAAUACUUCAAAAGUUCCAUUACAAAUUACAAAAUCAGAGAUCCCAAGAAGCGUUUCAUUUAAUACAAGCUCAAAUUCCAGCGAACUGUCAAGGAAAGAUUAUCAACAUGACAAGAACUGCAACUCGCACAAUGGUGGACAGAUAUGCAGAUUACAUCAUAAUUCAACAUUAACAAACAAGAGUGCGGAAUUAGAACCAGGAAUUCAGCAAUUGCACGGACCACCUUGGCUUCAUCCAGAAGAAAAGUCAACAGCAGAGCACAAGAUUAGCGAAGGAAAUAUGAACAUUACAAGCGAAAAAACUCUGUAAAAUAAACAUUUCCAAAAGUUUAUAAUUUACAGUCGUCUUCAACUUCCUUGAAAUUCAGAAAGCAUGAAGAUGUACUACAUUUCUAAAGCAUGUCAUUUUCCACUAAUUUAUGAAUGUUUGUAAACUAGUCUUGGAAAAGUUGAAAUUAUAAUAGAUUUGUAAAUAUGUUUUAGCAAUAACCAGAUGGCAUUGGUUGUUUGAACAACUGCUUUGUAAGAGUGGAUAUAUUGAACAUGUUGUAAUAGGUUGUUUUCUUUAUUUGCUUAUUAUAAAUAACUCUGUUUUCUACA